AUGCUGAUCUCAUCCAACAUCGUAGGCCCAAAAAUUUUCCACACAUCGCCGCCGUGUUCCGCCAGAUUCCGACCAUCCCCAAAUCGCGUCUCCGCCGCUUACGCCACCACCGCCGAGAGGACCAGCUCACACAUUUCUUCACAAAAAUCGCCGUACGAAGUUCUUGGGAUCCAGAUGGGCGCCACUUGUCAGGAGAUCAAGUCUGCUUAUCGGAGAUUGGCUAGAAUCGUACAUCCCGACGUCGCAUCUACCGGUUUGAAGGACACGUCAGCCGAUGAGUUCAUGAAGAUUCACACUGCCUAUGCCACUCUCUCUGAUCCCGAGAAACGCGCCGUUUGCGAUCGGACGUUGUUCAAGCGACAACGGCCGGUGAGUUCUACGUCUGCGAUGUCUUAUUCGGCUUCUGGAUUUUCCGGGUAUACUUGCCGGAAUUGGGAGACGGACCAGUGUUUUUAG